AUGCAUCUGAAUGUAUUUAUACUUAGAGGUAUUGUGGGAUUCAUCUGGAGCUGCUGGACUCUACUGGGUUAUGCAAAAGGAGGUUUGGGAGACAAUCAUGUUCACUCCAGUUUUAUUUAUAGAAGACUGCGGAACCAUGAAAGACGGGAAAUACAGAGGGAAAUUCUCUCUAUCUUGGGCUUGCCUCACAGACCCAGACCAUUUUCACCUGGAAAACAAGCUUCCUCAGCACCUCUCUUUAUGUUGGACCUUUACAAUGCAAUGGCCAAUGAAGAAAAUCCUGAAGACUCAGAAUACUCAGCAAGGGCAUCCCUGGUGGGAGACACCAGAGGAGCAAGAAAGGGAUACCCAGCCUCUUCCAAUGGGUAUUCUCGUCGAAUACAGUUAUCUCGAACGACUCCCUUGUCCACCCAGAGACCUCCUCUAGCCAGCCUACAUGAUACCAACUUUCUGAAUGAUGCUGACAUGGUCAUGAGUUUUGUUAAUUUAGUUGAAAGAGACAAGGAUUUUUCUCAUCAGCGAAGGCAUUACAAAGAAUUCAGGUUUGAUCUGACUCAAAUUCCUCAUGGAGAAGCAGUAACGGCAGCUGAAUUUCGAAUAUACAAAGACCGGAGUAACAAUCGAUUUGAAAAUGAAACAAUUAAGAUAAGCAUAUAUCAGAUCAUCAAGGAAUACACUAAUAGGGAUGCAGAUCUAUUCUUGAUAGACACAAGAAAGACCCAAGCUUUUGAUGUGGGUUGGCUUGUCUUUGAUAUCACCAUAACCAGCAAUCAUUGGGUGAUUAAUCCACAGAACAAUUUGGGUUUACAGCUUUGUGCAGAAACAGGAGAUGGACGUAGUAUUAACAUCAAAUCAGCUGGUCUGGUGGGACGCCAGGGGCCUCAAUCAAAACAACCUUUCAUGGUGGCCUUCUUCAAAGCAAGUGAGGUGCUUCUUCGGUCUGUGAGAGCAGCAAACAAAAGAAAAAAUCAAAGCCGCAAUAAAUCCAGUGCUCAUCAGGAAUCCUCCAGAAUGUCCAGUGUUGGAGAUUACAAUACAAGUGAACAAAAACAAGCUUGCAAGAAGCAUGAACUAUAUGUGAGUUUCCGAGAUCUUGGAUGGCAGGACUGGAUUAUAGCACCAGAAGGAUAUGCUGCAUUUUAUUGUGAUGGAGAAUGUUCUUUUCCACUCAAUGCCCAUAUGAAUGCCACCAAUCAUGCCAUAGUUCAGACUUUGGUUCAUCUGAUGUUUCCUGACCAUGUACCAAAACCUUGUUGUGCUCCGACCAAAUUAAAUGCCAUCUCUGUGCUGUACUUUGAUGACAGUUCCAAUGUUAUAUUGAAAAAAUACAGAAAUAUGGUAGUGCGCUCAUGUGGCUGUCACUAA